ACAUUGUCAGAGCGAAAGAACAGAACUUCUGUUGUUUGGCAAAGCGGCGGGAGGGAUUUCGGUGCCGAGACUAUCAUGCGGUUAGCGAGUUCUUUAUUUUAAAAUCAAGUGUUCCAUGUUGGUUUGGGUGAAUAGAAGACUAUAAGGAUUUCGGAGCAUCAGCAUAUCUUAAGGACAACGUGGUAUAUUGUCAUAAUCAUGAGGACAGAUGCAUCUGCCGUGUCACCUCCAGUACAUUCCACUGCAGGUGGUGAACAGCUGUCACCACCUGCCCGCAUACCUGGACUGGCCUCGCAGUUGAUCCAUCCGUCCUCUCCGCCUGUAGCUCCAGUCGUGGAAUCAACGAGCUUGUCUGUUUGCAUGCUGUCUCAUAUAGGUUCGUCGGCUGCUUCUCCGCCUCCCUCUGAACCAGGCACCAAGGCGAACGCAGGACCCAUCCACAUAUCGCCCACGGCCUCCUGCAGGAGCGAAACUAGUUGCCACAGCGUUGGCCGCUUUUGCCGGAUCUGCCACGAAGGUGAGAGAAGCGAGGCGCUGAUAUCCCCUUGUUGGUGCAUGGGAAGCAUGGGUCUGGUGCACAAGACCUGUCUGGAGCGAUGGCUCACGGUGUCCAACUGCGAGACGUGCGAGCUGUGUCACUUCGCCUUCACGGUCAUUCGCAAACCUAGACCUUUGUGGAAGUGCGAAGACCGCGACGUCUGGAGAGCGAUUCUGGUGGACGUCCUGUGCCUCUUCCUCCUCACGCCCCUGGCCGCCCUCAGCGUCUACCUCUGCGUCGUCGGCGCCCUUCAGUAUACGAAUCCCAUGGCCAUAGAUUCUUCCCACGAUAAGAGACCCAAGGUCGCCGGCACGAAAAAAAUACAUUUUGUCAAAGUUCCAAGUUUAAGAAGCGGAAACCAUGACAACAGCAGGAUCGCGAUCACUCGAGUGCCAGCGAUGCAGGGCGAGGAGCAGACCUUCGAGGAGCAGCUGGUUGAGUGGGAAGCGCUCGGCCUCAUCGUCCUCGCCGUCCUCCUGCUGGGGAUCUUCUCGGCCUGGGCGGCCGCCGUCAUAGGGUACCAUAUACGCGAGUGGCGCCGCUGGCGCAUAACCCAUCAGGAUUUGGUGUUGUUGGAGCCUUCCCGGCGGAACUCUCGGCAAAUGUCUGUCACGAGCCUUUGCCAUUCCGUGCAGGUGACACCCGGCAACAUCGUGAGUGUGGGUGUGUCCAGACCCCAGAGCAGCCAGCGUACGAAUUCCAUGGACUCUCUUCUCAAUACGUCCGUAGAGCCUGGUCGUUUGUUGAGCUGUGUCGAAAGAGAGAAUGAAGACGGGUGUGGGUUGAAUGCAUCUGAGGCGACAACAACGCGCAGCGGCGGACCUCAGCAGUCUUCUGCAUUGAGUGUCUUCAGGGAUAAUUUCGGUGCCACUAGAAGUUUGGAAGAGCUGAAUGCCUCCACUCUUUGCAAAGUUUUAGCUUCAGGCGAGCAAACGUCCUCACCAUAUUUUAAGAUGGUAGAGGAGCCUGAUGUUCAGGACAGCCCUGUAACUACAGGAAGUUACUUUGCCAUUGAAAACAAGCUUUAGAUGACCUCUAUUCAGCUUCUUUCCACAGUACGACUUCGUGGUCGUAUUUGCAAUCCUGAUAACUUAAGAUACAUAUUUAAUUUAAUUGGUUAAGUUAUAGGCAGUGAAUAAUAAUCGCACAGUGUGAGUGUUUGUGAUCAGUUUGUAUGUUAUGCAAGUAAUAACUUUUGCAUUGUAUUUAAGAGGGAUGGAGAGGUAAAGCUUCGAAUGUAGUGAAUAUCAUAUAAUUAUUACAUGAACAAGGAAUUUUCACAAUUAAAUGCACUUGAACGCGAACAUUUACGUCUAUCAAGCGGUCUAAGAUAUUGGCAAUGUACAGUGUCUUUAGAACUCGAUUGACUUACUAAAUCGUGGAGUUAAAAGUAUCCUUCAAACUUCCAUUGCUGCAUUCUUAGCCUAAAUGUAAAGGCUGUGAUAGAUGUCCUAUGUAAUAACAUAAAUGUAAGAACAUUGAUUUUUUUUAACUCUGACAUGUAAUAUUAUUUUAAUAA